UGUCAACGAAUCAACUCGUUUGAUUUUUCAUCUCAGACCAUUCUCCCUUUUCCCUCGCCGCGCCCAAGCCGAUCAUGACCACGCACGUGCAACUCGCGACGCCGACGCCGGACCACUCGAGCUCGGACAUCAGUGUCGCUGUCCCGCGUUCGACCCUUGAGGUGUUGCAGUACUACUUUUCCGGUAGUCUGUACUGGAUCGGCGGCUGGUGCUUCUUGGCGGGCUCGAUCCUCUACUACCCGCGCUACUACACCCUCUACGACAUUGAAGGUGAAGGCGCGCUCAUCGGCGCAUGGCUCUUUGUCGUCGGGUGCUUUACGUUCCUCAUCGGCAGUUGCUGGGACGCGUACUGCGCCAAGGGGUGCGAAGGGACCUCGAGCCUCCGGUUUUUCCCGCUCAUCUGCUCGCUGUGGAACGUCGUCGGCUCGGUGCAGUUUGUGAUUGGCGGCUUUUACUUUGUGCCUGUCGUGUACGCCACCGCGCCGUCGGCCGGUUGCCUCCUCUUCAUUACGGGCUGCUCGUGCUUUGAGAUUGCACUCUUGAUUGACAUUGCGCGCAUGUUCCAAGUCGGCUCGAUCCGCGGCCAGGCGUGGUGGUACAUUGCGGCCGUCUUCAACAUCCUCGGCAACAUUUUGUUCAUCGUUGGCAGCUACUACUUUCUCCCCAAGUUCCUCACGGCCACCGACGACUCGGAAGAAGCGCUUGCGAUCGCGACCGACAACUCGGUGUUUGCCAUCAACAACUUUGUCGUUGGCUCGAUUGCUUUCGUGCUCGCGCCCACGGCCCAGCUCAUUGCGCUCUACCUCGAGCCGGCCGUCGUCCCCGAGAGCGCCGACAAGGUGAUCGUCUAAGCCGUUCGCUCGUCCGUAGUGUCAUGUUAAUAUCGCGUUAGAAUAUAUAUAUUGGUCAGCUAGUA